AUGGCUUCAGUAUGCGCAGCUCCACAGUGUGGUAAAGAAACAGACUCAAUGUUGAAAUGUCCAGUCUGCUUACAAGCGGGUAUAUCAAGUGUGUUUUGCGACCAAAACUGUUUCCGUUCAAGUUAUUCAAUCCACAAGGCCAUCCACAAAUCGGAUGAUGGAGAGGAAACGUAUAUUCCAUUCCCAAACUUUUCAUAUACUGGUGAUUUGAGGCCACACUACCCUUUGAGUCCAAGAAGGUCCAUCCCUAAACAUAUCAAAUUACCCGAUUAUGCUCAACAUGGAAAACCCAUUAGUGAAAUCAAGAAUGAUCGCAUUGGUAAAAUACCCGUUUUGACUCCGAAAGAGAUUACCAAGAUUCGGAAAGUUAGUCAGGUGGCUAGGGAAAUUUUGGAUAUAACUGCCAGUCAUAUUGCGCCGGGAAUCACCACUGAUGAGUUGGAUGAGAUUUUGCACAAGGAGUGUAUCAAGAGAAAUGCAUAUCCAUCACCUUUAAACUACUACAACUUCCCCAAAUCAUUGUGUACUUCAAUCAAUGAAGUUAUUUGUCAUGGUAUUCCAGACAAGACCAAAUUGAAAGACGGCGACAUUGUCAAUUUGGAUGUCACGAUAUAUUACAUGGGGUUCCAUUCCGAUUUGAAUGAAACUUAUUACGUGGGAGAUAAAGCCAAGAGCGAUCCUGAUACUGUGCGCUUAGUUGAAACCACACGAGAAUGUCUUGAUUUAGCUAUCCAAGCAGUGAAACCAGGGGUGGCAUUUAGAGAAUUGGGAAAUAUUAUUGAAAAACACGCUUCGGAAAAUAACUGCUCAGUGGUGCGUACAUAUUGUGGACAUGGGUGUGGUACUUUGUUCCAUUGUCAACCAAACAUCCCUCAUUAUGCCAAAAACAAGGCUAUUGGAAUUAUCAAGCCGGGUCAAGUGUUUACUAUUGAACCUAUGCUCAAUUUGGGUACUUAUAAGGAUUGCACCUGGCCUGAUAAAUGGACGUCAACUACACAAGAUGGAAAGAGAUCUGCCCAAUUUGAACACAUGUUGUUGGUUACUGAAGAUGGAGUGGAAGUGUUGACCGCUAGAAAUGAAAAGUCGCCAGGCGGACCAAUACCUAGAAUUUCAGAGUAA